UUCAAGCGAAACUCGGUAUCUGAUCGUUUAUGGAGAUGCAUGGGAGCGGUAUCUGUCCAUACACAUAUAGAGCAGCCCGGGGUGUUCAUUGGCGCGGCGGUCUGAUGUGUAUAACCUGACCAGCAGGCUCCGCACGGCCCAUACCUGCUAUGCCUGAUCCUUUAUCAAUAACAGGGACAGACAAUUGUCCGCAGACAAUCACGCCUGAUUUAUGAUUCUUCGUAGGUUCUACGCAGAGCUUAACGCCGUGGCCUGCGAAAGUGUUUGUGUGUCUCUGUCCCAUCUGCAGUUUCACCGCCAGAAAGCUAGCUGGCGGUGUGGUUUUUAUGCCAUUCAAAGACGAAAAAGAAGAAGAAGAAGAGGGGUCUCACUGUUGUGUUUCUUCGUGUUGUAGAAAUAGUCACGUUUACCGAAAUUACUGUAACGCAGAAAAGAGGGAACUGACUGAAUCAGUGCACAACAAAUGCUUUGCGUUUUUAAAAGAUACGUCCUGUGGCCCUUCAGGAUUAUCAAGGUCCAAGGCUGCUUUGGGCAACACAGAAAGGGAGAAAAACAAGAUGGCCACUUAUUCCCGCCACAUAUUUUCCAGUGAGGAGCAUGUUUAUUCAGACCCAAGACACUCCAAAUCCAAACAGCCUGAAGUUCCUGCCAGGUCGCAUGGUUCUGGAGACGGGAACCCUGGAUUUCGCCAGCCCCCGUGAUGCACACUGCUCCCCAUUGGCUAGACAGCUCUUCAGAAUCGACGGUGUGAAGAGUGUUUUCCUGGGCCCAGAUUUUAUCACUAUUACCAAGACAGAUAUAGAUAUUGAGUGGAAAGUGAUUAAGCCAGAUGUUUUUGCUACUAUUAUGGAUUUCUUCACGUCGGGCUUGCCCAUCGUCAAUGAGGACAUGCCUCGGCCAGAUACAGCCCCCUGUGAGGAUGACGACGAGGUGGUCGCCAUGAUCAAAGAGCUGCUGGACACUCGGAUCAGGCCGACAGUGCAGGAGGACGGAGGCGAUGUGCUGUACCGCGGCUUCGAGGACGGCAUUGUGAGGCUGAAACUCCAGGGCUCUUGCACCAGCUGCCCCAGCUCCAUCGUGACACUGAAGAGCGGCAUUCAGAACAUGCUGCAGUUCUACGUCCCGGAGGUGGAGGGCGUGGAGCAGGUGAAUGAUGACGAUGGAGCGGAGCGGGGUGCACAGGCCUAAGUGUUUUGGCAGCCAUUCCAAACUCUGCAUCCAGGCACUGCCAUCAUCGGCCUGGCUUCAAAGACGUCUCAAAAACCUAGAGCGGCCUCCUUGCGUGCAUUUCGGACUAUUGGGAGCAGUGUGGCGUAUUUGCUUGGAAGACCACAGCUGUGCUUCAUGUAUGAGAUCGCUGAGCAGGCAGCGGUGACAUCUCACACCUGGUGUGUCACUUAGUACACGUACUUUAUCUGCCAAACGACUUGAGAACUUAACAGCAGUGGCAUUCUUAACUUAAACCUCAGCUUUAUAUUUUCUUUUCUGCUUUUUUUUGUAAAACCAACAAACAAUAUUUUCCACAUUCAUUUUUAUAACAUUAAUUGGUGCAAACCAUGCUGAAUGAAGUAAAGGUUCCCAAGAAAUUCGUUUUCCAUGAUGACCAUAGAAGCAUAUAUGAAGAGAAUGUCACUGGAUAUAGUCACAUACACUUGGUCUCUUGUCCUUUGUCGUCAUCAGAAAUUUAUUUGCAGAUAUUUGGGUGAUGUACUUCAAACUAUAGCUGUAUUUACAAAGUACUCUAACUUCCAUGUGAAGUAUUACAGGAUGAGAAAGUGUGCUAUCUGAAAAUGUGUAAGAUUUGUGAAAAUUAAAAGAGCAAUAAUGCAAAUCCUAAUUCAUAGAUUGUUUAAUAAAGUAAAAAAAUAAGUCACAA